AUGGCUUUGCUAAAGCUAAUUCCAUUGACAUUCUCUUUCCUUAUGCUUGUUGCCUUUAAUGAUUUAUCUUUACAUUCAUAUGGGAUAAGGAUAGAAGGGGUCAUGAAGCAUAGUAUUGAUUAUGAUUCCUCUUCUUCAUAUAAUAAAGCAGUGAUUGAUGUGGAGGAUUAUGGGGCUAAAGGUGAUGGAAGAGAUGAUAGUGAGGCAUUUGAGAAAGCAUGGGGAGUAGCAUGUUCUUCAUCACAACCAGUUACUUUUAUGGUUGCUAAUGAUAAGAAGUACAAACUAAAGCCACUCACUUUCCAAGGGCCAUGUAAAUCCAAUGUCAAAGUGAUGAUCGAAGGAUCGAUUGAAGCUUCUUCAGAUCAAUCGGACUGGGAUGGAAAGGAUGAAAGACAUUGGUUGCUGUUUGAUGAGAUAAAUGAUCUUGAAGUAGGAGGUGGUGGAACUAUAGAUGGAAAUGGAAACAUAUGGUGGCAAAACUCAUGCAAGAUCAAAACAUCACUUCCUUGUCGCGAUGCUCCUACGGCAAUGACAUUCUCGAAUUGCAAGAAUUUGAAGGUGGAGGACUUGAGCAUAAGAAACAGUCAACAGAUUCAUGUAUCAUUUGAAAGCUGCAGCAAUGUUCAUGCCUCUCAACUUUCAAUUAGUUCACCUGAAUCAAGUCCAAACACUGAUGGCAUUCAUGUUACCGGCACACAAAACAUAAAUAUAACCAAUUGUGCCAUUCAAACUGUCACGCCCCAGCCCCAAAACCGGGCCCGCUGA